AUGCAGCCUAAUGGAAGCUCAUAUAAUGUCCUGAAACAAGAUUCCCAUGAGCUUUUCCAAGCUGACGGUUUGAACCACGGAAGACGAUUUAGUUUUGAAAGUAUCGGGGUUCAGGCUCUUGAGAUGAACAAAGAACCCUUUUUAGAUAAAAACGAUGAUGAUGAUGAUGAUGAUGAUGAUGAGGAGGACGCUCUCGAGGGCAUUUUCCAUGGCCGGGAGGUGCAAGAUCUUAUUUUUUCUCAACGACAAAAUCAACUGCGGGUAACAAAUCCCGACCCCGCAGCAAGCCGCACCAAUAGCCAAAGAUCUGUUAUUGGAGUUUCAGUUGAGAUGGAUGAGAAGGAAAAAAAGAAAGGUGAAGGUAGAAUAAGGCGACUGGAGGUGAGGAAAACACGGACAGCAGUGACCGAGACUAUGAAUAGAGGGGGGUCAUCUGAACAGAUUGAGGGAUCUAAGAAACAAAUCUUGGGAGAAAUUUUUGGUGGUGGCACUCGAGCAGUUUCCAGUGGAAGCACAUUUGGACGACUACGAAGAUGA